CUGUUUCAUCCAGUCGAUUGGUGAGCGCGAGAGACAGAGUCAUGGCAACCGCAGCAGCAGAAGCCGAGACCCGUCAGAGACUGCUGCGAAACGUGAAGAAGGAGGUCAAGCAGAUCAUGGAGGAAGCAGUCACAAGGAAGUUUGUCCAUGAAGACAGCAGCCAUAUUGUCUCAUUCUGUGCUGCUGUAGAAGCCUGUGUGCUUCAUGGGUUAAAGCGGAGAGCUGCUGGUUUCCUACGAAGCAACAAGAUAGUGGCACUCUUCACCAAAGUGGGCAAGAGUUUCCCUCCAGCUUUGGAGCUGUGCAGAAAAGCCCAGGAGCUGGAGCUGAUCAUUGAGAGCAAACGAAGCCAGUCUUUAUCAUACAGCGAGAGCACUCGUAAGAUGCCCAAGGUCCCAAACGUCUCCCCUCAUGCCACUAGACACUUGUGGAUCCACACUGCUCUUAUUGAGAAAGUGUUGGACAGGAUCGUCCUGUACCUGGUGGAAAACAGCAGUAAGUUUUAUGAGAAAGAAGCUUUCCUAAUGGAUCCAGUGGAUGGCCCUAUCCUCGCCUCUUUGUUAGUGGGGCCGUGUGCAUUGGAGUACACUAAAAUGAAGACAGCAGAUCAUUUCUGGACUAAUCCUUCAGCCGAUGAGCUGGUGCAGAGGCAUCGUAUUCACAGUGGCCAUUGCAGACAAGACUCACCUACUAAAAGACCUGCCCUCUGUAUACAGAAAAUACUCUCCAGUAGUAGUAUGGAUGAAAGACCCUCUCCUUCCCUCUCUGCCAGGGACUAUGUUGAGUCUCUUCAUCAGAAUUCCAGAGCGACACUCCUGUUCGGCAAGAAUAACGUACUGGUGCAGCCGAGGGAUGAUAUGGAAGCAAUUCCAGGAUACCUCUCCCUGCACCAGACAGCUAACUUCAUGACUCUGAAAUGGACGCCAAAUCAGCUAAUGAAUGGCUCUGAGGGAGAUCUCGAUUAUGAAAAGAGUGUUUAUUGGGACUAUGCCAUGACAAUCCACCUGGAGGAGAUCGUAUACCUUCACUGUCAUCAGCAGGUGGACUGUGGUGGAACAGUGAUUCUGGUUAGUCAGGAUGGGAUCCAAAGGCCACCACUUCGUUUCCCUCGUGGUGGUCACCUCCUUCAGUUUCUCUCCUGUUUGGAAAACGGUCUGCUGCCUCACGGCCAGUUAGACCCACCUCUUUGGUCACAGAGAGGAAAGGGUAAAGUAUUUCCUAAACUGAAGAAGAGAAGUACACAAGGAUCCUCCGAAUCUGUGUCUGACAAAGAAGAGGAAGAGGCAACAGAUUAUGUCUUCCGCAUUGUUUUCCCAAACAGCCAAUCCGAAUUUGUGGCACCAGAAUUGAUAGAUCAGGGAGCAAACAUGUGGCACCCAACACCAAAGAAAUCGUCUUGCUCUUCCUGCUCACAAAGUAGUUUCUCUGAUGGAGGACCACCCAAUGGCUGCAACCAUGAGAGGGCCCCUCUGAAGUUGUUAUGUGACAAUAUGAAGAACCAGAUCAUCUCCCGGGCUUUCUAUGGAUGGCUGGCAUAUUGCCGUCACUUGUCUACGGUACGCACUCACCUGUCUGGCCUUGUCAAUCACACUAUUGUGGUACCAGAUGUGCCCAGUGAUGCCUACAGAGGUCUCACCGCAGAAGUGUGGCACAAGUUCCUUCAAGAUUGUAGUACCUAUAAGGAGAAGGAGUUGCUGCGGCUUGUUUAUUUUGGUGGCGUUGAGCCUUCAUUGCGCAAGGAGGUCUGGCCGUUUCUACUGGGCCAUUACCAAUUUGAGAUGUCUGAGGCAGAGAGAAAAGAGGUGGAUGAGCAGAUGCGAGCGUGCUAUGAGCAGACCAUGAGCGAAUGGCUGGGGUGUGAGGCCAUUGUCAGGCAGAGAGAGAAAGAACAGCAUGCUGUGGCUUUAGCCAAGUGUUCAUCUGGGGCUAGUAUGGACAGCACCAUGCAGAGAAUAAUACACCGGGACUCCACCAUUAGUAAUGAGUCCUCACAGAGCUGUAGUUCAGGGAGACAAAGAGACUCCAGGUUGCUGAGUGACUCCAGUAGCAGCACUCAGUUCGUCACUUCCCAAAACCCCUUCCCCUGGAGUAGUCUGCUUCCCUUUGGCUUGUUCUUUCAGGUUUUUGGGUCAGUUGAAGAGGUCGACCAAAUCGAAACAGAGCCCAAGUGUGACGAUAUUAAACAGGUUCCCAAAAUCGCAAAUGGAGCACUGCAGAAUGGCAUCAGUUCUCCAGAUUCUGGUCAUCCUUCUUCCAGAAACUUCUCAGUUACGUCUGGUCAGUCAGACUCCUUAAGCACAGAGGAUAGUGGGAUACAUGAGCCAACCCUCAAAGCCCAACCACAGCAGCCCUCUACAGCGCAGAGCCCAACCAAACCCACUCAUACAUAUAAAUCAAAUAGAGACACUUCAGUUGGAGAGGAAGGAAAAAUAUCUGAGAAAGUGGUGACAAGCACAGCUGAUAUAUCAGAGGAAAGGAACAAUGCCACACAGAAUACCUUUAAAAGAGCAGAAGUUCAGACAGAGGAGUUGAAAACAGCUCACAGUGGCAUGGCCAAAAUAAAAGUGGGUGAAUUUCAAGAGAGAACUUUGACAUCUGAAAAUUCACAACAAACUGAACCAAAUGCACUUGAGGAGAAGGUUGAAACUGAAAUACUGGUGUCAGUUUCAAAGGAACAUGAGAUAGAGAAAAUCAGUCUGGGUGUUGUAAUGAAAACCAAAGAAACAAGCAAAGAUAAGGACUCAGAGACAUGGUUUGAUGACAUAGCCAAUGUUACUGAAACAAAAAUAGAUUGCGCAUUAAAACAAGGUGAUGAGAAAGAGGAAAAGACUAUGGGCACCAAGGAGGCAUCAGAGAGAUUGAAGGAUGAGACACUGAAAUCGGCAGGAACAACAGGAAAGAGGAAAGAAGUAUCAGAAAGUCCAAAAAUCUUGGCUGCAGAGCAAACAGAAGAGAAGGUUGUUAAAAAGAGGGCCAGACAGAAGGAAAUGCAGAGAACUGCCCCUGUGGUUGAGGAGAUGGUGGUCCCACUGGUGCAUGAAGCAUUCAGCACAAGAGAGAUGAGUGAGGCACGAGCUGGAACCGAGUCAGAUGAGUCUCCAUCUGCCAUUGAAAUGGAGGAGAUUCCUACAGCCAAGGUUUCAAUGGCCUGGGACAGGAAGACUCCAUCUAAGAGCAUGAUCAGUGAGCAGGCUACUGUGCCUGCACUGGAGCUCAGACUGGACGAAGCUCAAUGUAAGCCCAGCCCUAAAGGAACUGACUCGGUCAUGUCUGAAAUGCCAGAGAUGGAGAGUCUCUGCCCACAGUUUGAUUCCCUGGCUGUGAACAGAGAGAAGAAUGAAGCUACCUCUCCAGCUUCAUCAAUUGGGACCACUUAUUCUCAAGAGCUUUUGGACAUGUACACUCUAAAUCUGCAUCGCAUAGAUAAAGAUGUUCAGCGUUGCGACAGAAAUUUUUGGUACUUCACACCUCCUAACCUAGAGAAACUUCGCAAUAUCAUGUGCAGUUACAUCUGGCAACACCUCGAAAUUGGAUAUGUCCAGGGCAUGUGUGACUUGCUUGCUCCCUUGCUUGUUAUUUUAGAUGAUGAGGCCAUGGCUUUCAGUUGUUUCUCUGAACUAAUGAAAAGGAUGAAUCAAAAUUUUCCUCAUGGGGGUGCCAUGGACACCCACUUUGCCAACAUGAGAUCUCUCAUCCAGAUUCUAGACGCAGAGCUGUUUGAGUUGAUGCAUCAGAAUGGAGACUACACUCAUUUCUACUUCUGCUAUCGCUGGUUUCUCCUUGACUUUAAAAGAGAGUUGGUGUAUGAUGAUGUGUUUGCUGUUUGGGAAGCCAUCUGGGCUGCAAAGUGUGUCUCCUCCAGCCAUUUUGUGCUCUUCAUUGCUCUCGCUUUGGUGGAGAUAUACAGAGACAUCAUUCUGGAGAACAACAUGGACUUCACUGAUAUCAUCAAGUUUUUCAAUGAAAUGGCUGAGCAUCACAAUAUCAAGCAGAUUAUGACUCUGGCUCGAGACCUGGUGUGCAAAGUGCAGACACUUAUAGAGAACAAGUAACUCCAAAACCACUCAUCUCUGUUGUUACUCAUGUUCAACAACAUAUCCCAUUAACCCUUGCUACAAAACAAUGGGGAACAUUUGGCCAAGUAUAAUAAGCUAAAGGUAUAUGGGGAGGUAGCAUAAUAUUUUCAAAGCUAACAUCCUAAUCUACCUGGAAUCAGUGUGCAGUUAUUUAUAUAUAAAGUCAUUUGGCUCUCUUAUCAGGUUUUACUGUACGUAAGUCAUGGUACAUAAAAUGUUAUGCAUAAGUAGAUGCUGCUACGGAGCAUUGAUGACACAGAAUUUCAUUGCGGCUGCAUAAUACCUUUAGGCCACGUAUGACCUGUACACUGAAGUAGUAUUCUGUAUUCUGAUGUGCCGCUUAUUAGUUAUCCAGACUUUUCUGUGUACAACUAUUGCUGUAGGGUUCACUGUGCUUUCAGUCUUCAGGCCUUUCAACAUGUGUUUCUAUAACCUGCUUAUUUCAUAGUCUGUCUUUACUGUGAGUUGUUUCACUAAAUCUGAUCAGGUUAUUGUAUCUCACAGUAUGUAAUUGGAGAAUACCAAGAAAUGCCUGUAUGUAUCAGAAUAAGAACAAAAAAUGUCAGUAAGUAAUUCAUAUGUAUUUGGGUUUUUCAUCUGCUUUGUAAUGUUUCUGACUUAGUACUGUUUCAGUAAAAUUGUGUCUUGCUUUCAAUCACCUUGAUGAAAGUCCAGCAUUGAGAUUUAUUUUUCAGAUUUGAUGUUUACAUCUAAGUGUGCACGUGUGGACCGGGACCGCUAUAGAAAUAUGAAAAUAAGAACACUCAGUUGAUUGUCUAUUUUGCCAGUGUUCACAACUGCAAAUCCUUGUCUGUUUUAUGUAUUCCUGCUGUUUGUGAACUGUAUAAAAAAUACAAUCUAUAUUUAUUAUAUAGAGAGAAUCUAUAUUAUUAAUGUCAUAUUAUUAUUGACACCAUAUUAUUAUGGUGUCAAUAGUUACAUGGUUUUCAGAAUGGAAAUUUACACUCAAAUUAAAAUCAUCAGUGCUCUUGUUACUUUUACAUUAUAGAAUGAAUAGUUGAAUAACACGCAUAUUGUGUUUCUUCAUCCGCCAACCACACUAUCCUCUUCUAUAGCUCUGUCCACAUUUAUUGCAUUAGUAAGCUUUUAUCUCACAAUGAUAAAUUGACCAUAUGAUCAAACUAGUAAAACUACAGAAUUGAAACCUGUAGCUGAUCAGGUAUCACCACAAUGAGGUGCAAUCACAAUGUGUAUCAGAUCUUAAGCAUCAUUUUCACAUGUCUAAUCAGCAUCGUAAGACUAAAAUGACCAUGUAGGCAAGAACUGUAAAGGCAAUUAAAUAAACAAUGUACAGAAGUGUAUUCUGGACUCUGAGAGGCAUUAGAUAGAUACAUUUGAAACUAUAAAAACUCAGAUUAAAUGCUAAUUUAAGGAUUCUAAGUAAUUAAUGUGACCAGAUAUUAGCAAUGCUUAAUAAUCAUUGUCCUGUAAUGCAUCUUGUUGAUUUAUUCAUGAGAGCGAAAUUUGAUUUAAAAAGAGAAAAAAAUAAUUUAUAAUUUGUAUGUGUUGUUUAAACAUAUUUAUUUCAAUCUGAAUGUAUGCAUUUUGUCUUUGCUUUUUAUGUGAAAGUUCUUGCUACACUGUUGUCAAUUACUACAA